AUGGGAAGAGACAAAGCAAAAGUCAAAGGCAAAGGCAAAGCGUCGGAUUCAAAUGAGUUGACAGAAAUGGGGGUUGACAUGAAGGGUAUAAAAGAUAGAAUAGACAAGAUUUUGCAAAUUGCUUCUGAAAGAGAGCUUUGGAAACAAAAGGAGAGCGACAUGAGAGUACUAGCGGUGGACACGUCGAAUAUGACCGGGGACGAGCUUCAAGUUAUUUUGGCGAUGAAGGAGGAAGUGAAAAAACAUUACUCAAAUCCCUCCCUCACAACGUUUGCAGCUUCUCACACCGGCGACCCUUCUCCAAUCUCCGCUCCAGACAUCCGAUCGCCGGCGCCGGCGCCGGCUACUGACUUCUCCUUCUACGAUACUUGGAUCGUGUGUUCAUCAUCAUCUCCAAGCCAAAGGGGUGUGUCAAAUUCAAUGGUGGAGAUCAUCUCAAUUGUUGUUAUUAUUACCACACUGCUACUUGUCCGAAUUCUUUAUGUUAUAUCUCACAGUAGUAAACCCAUCUGUAACACUUCUUCAAAACAUUUGAGUACUCUUAUUGUUUUGGGUUCAGGGGGACACACAGCAGAAAUGAUAAAUUUGUUAUCUGUUAUGCAAAAUGAUCGAUUUGCUCCAAGAUUUUACAUUGCUGCAGUAACCGAUAACAUGAGUCUUCAAAAAGCGCGUGUUUUUGAGAACACUUUGGCUGAUAAGAUAAGUUUGCAGGUGUCAGAUUCGACCAAAUUUAUGCAAAUCUAUCGAAGCCGUGAAGUGGGACAGUCAUAUAUUACCUCAAUCGGGACAACAUUAUUUGCUUUAUGCCAUGCUUUGUGGCUCAUGCUCAAAAUCAGACCUCAAGUGAUUCUAUGCAACGGUCCCGGUACUUGUAUUCCCUUAUGUGCCAUCGCAUUUAUUUUCAAGGUUUUGGGAAUUAGAUGGUCGUAUAUUUUCUAUGUGGAAAGUAUUGCAAGAGUGAAAAGACUAUCGCUUAGUGGUUUGCUUCUUUACAAAUUACACAUGGCUGAUCAGUUGUUUGUGCAAUGGCCACAAUUACAAAAACAAUAUCCUCGAGCUCAUUAUGUGGGGCGUCUUAUGUAACCCAAUUUGUUUUCUAUAAGUGACUUAAUUCAAAAAGACAUUUAAGUGUAUACAGUGUUUAAAAUAGAG